AUGCCCAGGAUCAAGGACCUCAAUCCCGAGAAGUACAAGGACGACGACCAGCAAUGGCGGGCCACGAAGUCGAUCCACGACCACUUCUGGGCCCCAAACAAUGAGUCCAAUCGUUAUCUUGCGUCAAUGGUCACAGAAACGUCGCGAAUCUACCUGCGCAAACACGACAGGUAUCCGCCGGGCGUGCCCGGCGUUGCGCGCAGCGGCCCGUACGCGCUGCCGCCAUCAGGUGGCGAGGUUCCGGAUGACGUGAGGAGGUCCCUGCGGCACGUGGCGAGGGAGUACGGGAUGGAACCUGCGACGACGGCGCUGGGCCGGCCCACGCACCUGUCCCAGCGCCCAGGCACCGCGCCCGUCCAGUACGGCAUCCCGUCGGACGCGGCAGUCCUGCGCCGCAACGCCGCGCUCGAGGAGGAGGCCCGCGUCGCCAACUCGAAGAGCCGCCGUCUCGACGAGGAAGUUGAAGACGUGAUGGACGCAAUCGUCGAGGAAGUCGGCGACAUCGAACCGAAGGAGGACGCGGCCCCCGCGGCCCCAAAAGACGGCGAAGAGGCGGCCGAGGAGGCGUCGAGCGACGACGGGUACCUGUCGUCGGACCUGACGUCGGACGAGGACUCCCCCGGGGGUGCUGGCGCCCGGCGCGGCGCACCGAGCGGGCCGGUGCCGUCGGCGACCCCGCGGACGUCGCAGGCGCGGCAGCGGAGCGCGCCGUCGGGGCCGGACGUGCGCGCGUCGGCGCCCGCGGCGACGGGCGCGAGGCGCGCGCGGGGGUCGUUUGCCCGCUCCAGGACGAUUGGGUACAAGAGCGCCGUGCUGUCGUCGCUGACGCGCGAGGAGUACGAGGAGUACAAGCAGCGGGCGUUCCGGCGGACGUUCCGCAACAGCAGCGCCCCGCGCGCCGUGGACGCGGACGUGCUCACGGGCCACCCGGUCCGGGGGAAACACCCCCCCCCGGAGAACGCGAGCGAGGAGGACAUCCUGCGGCUGCGCGAGGAGGAGCUGUGGCGCCGCGCAAAGGUCCGGACGUACGACACGGAGCACCACGAGCGCUCCCGCGGCGGCGCCGGCCCGUUCUGCUCCCAGUACGUGCAUUACAAGUACUACGGGUACGCCGGGCAGGGUGCGAAGACGUCGUGGGCGCACAAUCCGAAGUACUCUCCGCUCGAGGGGUACCGCGGGCCGGGCGAGAAGGGCAGUCUGACGGACCACAUCCCGCUGGAGGUGACGCGGUCGACGCAGUUCAUGCUGCACGGGCGCGACAAGCUGCAGGCGCACAACCGGACGGCGCGCACGACCACGGUGGACCUCGUGACGGGCCGGGAGGUCGACACGGGGAUCCGGGGCAUCAAGCAGCCGCUCGAGGGACACAUUCUCGAGGAGCGGCGCGAGGCCGAGGCGUGGCGCAAGGAGAUGAGCAAGGCCAAGUCGACGCGCAAGGCGACGGUCGUGACGCACCGCGCGCCCCGCCGCUACCACGGCACGCGCCCUUACCACGAGAACUACCAGCACUACAAGUACUUCGGCUUCGCGGGGCGCGGCGCGACCACGGCGUACGCCCACAACCCGAAGCUCCGCGCCCUGAAGGUCCUCGAGGCGGACCUCGAGGAGCUCGUGCUCGACGGCAAGCCGGCGGUGCGGGCGUCGGCGGCGGAGACCGGGGCGUGA